UGGCCGUUUGCGGAGGAGUCGGGAGGCAAGAAACCGAAUGCCCAGGUGACUGCUGAGGUAUAUGCUUUAAUAAUACGUGGACUGCAAUGUCUAAGACUUCAUCACUAUACACAAAAGGACCAGAAGAUCACUUUUCUUCGUCAAGAACAGUUCUUAUUAUUCUUCUGACACAAAAUGCCCAGAAGAUCAUAUUUGGUGUCGCCCACUGACAAUAGACCAUUCCACAUGAAUAGCUACGAAAGAGGUGCCAUGACAUGACAUUCCGCCUCCGCAUGUUCUCUUUGAAAAUGGGCCUCCACUUGCUUUCUUCAAAAAUACAGCAACUCGAUGAGGCGAUCCAGCAGCUGAAGAAAUGGGGCCCCCGUGUCGAGACUGAGACCUCCAACUUGCAACAAAUGAGGAAGGAUAGGCUGGACCCAUCUCACACGGAUGAUCUUGAGUUACGAUCUGAAUACCUCUUAGACUGUGAAGAUGACAGUGAUGCAUACGUAUAAUCUGGUGCUCGUCUCAUUAGUUCAAAGAGGGUGCCAUCCGUAUACGGUAGAGCGCCAUGUCUCUAAGGUCUAGGAUAUAGUAUACUUUUAUAUACAAGACGCCGGCCAUGUCGUUAGGCCGGAGGAACAAGCGCCAAGCCCUCAGGCACAAAACGGCAAGAGACUGCACCUCUGGGAAGUUAUCGGCCUAACAAAUACAUCGGGAAAGGCGUGGGCGCGCUUGUGUGUGUGUGUGUGGCUCAGUGUGUGGGUGUAGCUUUGUGCGUUUGUGUGUGGCUGGGGCUGGGGCUGUGUGUGUGUGUGUCCUGUGGCGGGGACUGUGCCGUGGCUGUGGCUGGCCUUUAGAAAAAAAAGCGGGCCUUUGGAGAAAAAUUUGGCCGGGGAAAAAAAGUUGGCCUUUAGAAAAUACAACGGCCCGGGAAAAAAAAAGAAAAACGGGUUUGGUAAAAAAACUGGCUUUGAAAAAUCAAGUCGAAAAACCCAAGUCUAGGUUGUUAUUUUAUCUCGGAAGAUGAUGGGACAUCUUCGCAGCAGUGUUGGGGAAAGCACCUCCGGAUUGUAAAGAUGGAGCAUCUUCUUCAAUAAGUCUUGUCUCUCAGUGCUCAUGGGUUAUUUCAUUCACCUACACCCAGGACUAAGGUCGUGUAAAUCAGUCUUCUACGCUCUUCGGAUAAAAUUGCUACUCACCUACAUCUUAGGAAUGGGAGGGUGGGUCAAGUUUGCUCUCCAACAUCUUGACUAUGAAUAUGAAAUAUACAGUAGUACUUUGAUUGAUCGCAAACUAGCAUAGAACAGCUUCCUAUUACUAUUUCUCUUGCUAGAACUUGCUAUUGCCAUAGUGUACGCCGUGAAGAGUUCUAAUAAAGCUGCUGUCGAGCUAUACCAGUUGGAUAUUGGAGCGCAACGCGCUGCUCCGUUCGCAGCAGAAGUGGCUCAGAGCAAUUAACGCCAAUACAAAGACGGCGGAAUUCGCAUUAAGGCUCAAAAUAGUUUAUUUUCGCCUUUCCUAUGCUUACCUUCGUUCCCUUCAACAUGUUGCCUUUUCUAUGCAGAAAGCGAGGGCCACCUCCUCAAUACUAAAAGAUGACAGAAGACUCUUUUGGGUUCGCCCUAAUCUUCGAAGACAAGCAGAAAGAGGGUCAACAGCAGGCGGAUAAAGCCGCGAAAUAUUUGAAGGACUUUGAUACCGCGUAUAUCGAACUGCUCAAAUUAUGCUUCAUGAAAAUUUUCGAAGUUAGCGACUAUUUUUACUCAUGCCCUCAUAACCACUGAGCAGGCCUCCAGAUGACAAGACAGACUAUCUUCACAAAGUGACACCAUUUUACCAAGUGGCGCCGUUUCAUUUCCACGCGUUGCUCAUCACCCCAUGUCCAUUAAGUCUCUGCUCAUCCACACUAGAUUGCACCUCUUUACUACAGGCAGAGAGGAGGAUCUUUUUCCAUGAUCUACAAAAUCUCCUAAGAAAGACAAUAAAGCGGUUACAACAAGUAUUAUUCGUGUUAUUCUGAAUUCCGCGAGAAGACUCUAAUGUACGACAUAACAGAGAGAGCGGGAUCUUCGCUGGCGGAAUCGAGAGAGACACUCAAGAAAAUGGUCGAAGCGGGGUAUAAAUCACAACUGGGUCAGGAUGUCGCGAGCAGCCUCUUUAAGCUGGACGCAUCGAUGUUCGUACGAACUAAAUUCGCUCUGCGAAGUGCUCAUAAGGUACUCGCAGGAACAAAGAUGCUCGUGAAUCGAAUACAGGAGGCGGUGACUGGCCUUACUGAGCCCGUCGAUUUUGCGAGUUAAGAAGUCCUAACAGCUACAGUAAAUCAGUUUAACAAAAAAGCAUGAUCUUAUAAUAUGCCGACCUACUUGGGACUCACCCCAUCACGCUGUGCAGCUAUAUGACACAUCAUCUCGAAGAUCGUUGCCAAAUAGUUCGUUUGAUUUUUGUUAUCAGCCUGAGUGUUUGAGUUUGUUCACUCGUCUAUCUCAAGCAUGCCUUGUUUUCCUACCAACUUUAUUCUUUGAUCAAGAGAGUGCUCUAACGCUGCGACGCAGGCAAGGCACUCAUGACGGCCAAGGAGGAGCUUGCAGCUACGCUGCAGAAGGAACGAAGUGUCGUGGCUCAGAUUAAGGCCACCCCUCAAGUAUGUCCUCAAUAUCAAGAUUCUUGGUUCACCUUUUUUCAUUGGAAAAAGAAAGCAAAGAGGUACGAGUCAGGCACUCGUGGAACGACCUGAGACGCACUCUAAUCAGAUCAAGGACGACUUUGACACUGCCGACGAGGAGAUGGGAAAGGCUAACUCGAAAUUUUUCGAACUGGUCAAAGGCCUUUAUUCCGCGAGCGGGUUACUUAGGCUCACCUUCUUCACGAGAAUGGCUUGUUCAUCGCCACCACCGGUGUGAGUUAGAUUCUCUCCUCAUAACAGAGAAGGUCUGAAAAGAGGAUCUAGCCGCGCAGGUGGACGGAAUGAAGAGACGUUUUUUUACUAGUGAGUCCCUCUAAGUCAUUCACCGACGCAGCCGGAGAUCUGGAACGUCUAACGGACAAGGUAGAUCAAGAUUAAGGUGGUCAGCACUAACUCGUCUCUGACUGUAUCCCUGUAAGCACAGAAGUAUAACUCCACCACCACUUGAAAGUUACAACAGAUCACAGAGAUACAGCCCACUACAGCUGGAUGCUUGAUAGCGCUAACCUAAGCAGGCUUCGGAGCUUGUGGAAACGUACGUCAAGGCCGAGAAGAAGGCUGACAUUAAGGCUAGAGCUGAGACGUCAUAUCUCCAAAUCAAGAAAAGCAGUCUGGUGCGAAAGAAGUCAAAAAGCUUUUCUAGUUGGAAACACUCAUUUUCCAGAUGAAGCAUCUAUGUAAGCGUACUUUGGUCUACGAGCUCGUUGCAUCUUAGUACUAGAUAUUCAAGAUUGAGGGAAGAUCCUCGAACUUCAAGGCGGUCGCUGCGUCCGAAGCUGCAGCUACGUCGAUCCAAGAUGGCAACGACAUCCCAGGUUUUAUGAAAAAGCUGCAUUACCAGUACAAGACGAUGGUCACCGAGCAUCUGAAGGAAAAAGUCAAGCAAAUGCAGAAGGUCAAGGACAGCCCUCAGAAGCGCGCUUUUGAUGCGUAUGAUAAGGAGAAAAACAAGAUCAUGCCGGAGGCGGCGCAGUCAUUCCUUGAGGAGGUGCCGUUUUAGACAAACGCACUCGCCUCAGAGGGAGAAGAAGAUCAUGAUGACGAUGAUUAUGAUGAUCGUGAAGCUGCUGACGAUGUACUAUCUGAAUGUGAUUUAUAGGGGAAAGUAUUGCACAACAUUAACAUUCCAAGAAGUAGAGAGCACGCACCACUAGGAAAAAUCUAUUAUUUGAUGGCAUCGCUCAUGUCAUCCAAAAGAUCCGGCACUAGAACAAAAACGAAAAAGAUCGCAAUAAAGAUUGCUGAACAAAAAAUAGUUUGUGGCUCGUCGUCGAACACCAGUAGAGUGCUAAUAGAUAGUAAGUCCCACAACUGCAACUUGGAAGACGAACAACGAGAACUUUUGACAAAAAUGCAGGAUAUCCACAUUGAUGAUUUUGUAUUAAUUAUGUAUGAGUUUUAUUCCGGAAGAUCCAAGAUUACUACAAAAAAAAACUAUGGAACUAGCUGAUUUAUGCGGACAACGUUCCGCCGCCCAUCUCUAGCACUCUCUGAAGCGCGUAAAGGUGAGACGGACAGCGUUCCGGGUGGCAGGUGCUAGGCAUGUAAACACCCCUGCCUUUGCUUCUAGUUGUUGAUCAUUGUAAACCGUAGGGGUAUUAGCGUAGUUGCUAAGGGGCUUAAGAACUCCCUGCUACGCCGGUAGCUGCGCCGGAAAUAUGCAGGCAGGUUCUAUACUAAACUCGCCCGCGAUACAAAAAACAAAAAAGUACGCAGGUAGUUUUUGACUUAUCGGAACUCGCUCGCACUACAAAAAAAAAUACGCUGCCACCUAUUGAAUUUUAUACCAAAAAUAGUACACUGCGUGCUUAUAGACCUCUGUGCAGUUUCUCAAGUCAAAUAGGAGAUCAAAUAGAAACUUACCGGCUGCACAAAUAGGAAUGCCUUGACAACUAACAGUGCAGCUCCAUGUGCUGGGUAAAGAGCAAUACGAUCAUCAUCCGACAAUAAAAGACAGUACUAAAAAUAGGAGCGAAGGGUUGUAGAACACUCGCUCCAUGUUGUUGACUUUUUCGUUUUCUUCUGAUAUACUAACAUGGGCUUCUGUAGUACUUGUAGAACAUGAACGACAAAAGCUGAAAAACUUUAGAAGGACUUCAAAGCGCGACAUUUCAGAAAGCCGCUCCGUGUCUAGGCAAAUGCUUCCAAAUAUAUGAUGAUGGUGAUCAUGAUGAUUAUCAGCGCAGGCGGUAAGUCUCUACAUGCUUAGGCUGCUGGAGAUCUACGACGCAGAGGCUAUGCAUAUAUCCUCAGCGACAGGGCCCUCUUGUCGAUGCUUACUCCUGUUCAAAUGCGGGGCGUUGCCUAGUAAAAGUAGUCCGUAUGUUGAUAGUUUUCAGACUAAGUGUGUAAUUGUAAUAAGAGGGGAUAUAUGCCAAGACAAGAUGGUGGGAGUUAAAAGUUGUAUGUAGCUGAAUUACAAAAGCCAAGAUUUAGCAGUUAAAGACAAAAAAAGGAGGCCGUCGUAUGGGCGCGAUUGUGCUCGAGGUCGCUGUCCACCGAUCUCGGGGAAUCCUCUUCGACUUGCCUGGUAGCAGAAGUUGUUACGUCGUCCAAACCUUGUAAGCAGACAGAUAUGUAGAAUUAUGAAGAUGAGAACCAAAUAUGCGAGAUGCAAGCAAUCGCCCGUGUGACCUCGUACAAGAUUAGGAACCAAACAAGAUGGGGUUAGAAUUAGAUCGUAGAAGAUGGGAUGUACAAGAUUAGAUCGUAGAAGAUGGGCCUAGAAUUUACUCAAAUUAUUGUUGAUAAGAGCAAUGGCGACAAGAGAUGUUAUGACGAGAUUUGUGACAUACUGUAGUCGAUGGAUGUACUUGAAAUAGAGUUGUCCUUGAAAUGCAUCGCAGUGUACACAUGCUACUAAAAGCAAAAGAAGAC